GAAGGCUGUCAAUCAAAAGAAGGCUGUCGAUCAAAAGAAGGCUGUCGAUCAAAAGAAGGAGGAAGUUACCGAGAAGAAGAAGCCUGUGGAGAAGAAGGUCGUGGAGAAGAAGCCUGUAGAGAAGAAGGUCGUGGAGAAGAAGACGCCCGCGCCCAAGAAAACUCCCGCCGUACAAAAGUCCAAGGUUGUCGAGGCGCCAGUAGAGAAGCAGGAGGAGAGCGCAGGCGAGGAUGAGGACGGAGAGGACGAGGAGCAGCUGAUGGACGAUAAGACUUUGCUGAAGGAUAUCGACUCGAGCGCGGACGAGGAUAGCUCAGAUGAGGAAGAUCAAGAGGACAGGGCCGCGAUGAAGGAGGAUACAUUUGCGAGCAUGAAAGAUGAGAUUUCACUAAACCCCAAGGCUGCAGCAACACUCAGGAAAAAGCUCGGAGCCAUGGGACAGCCCAAGGACAAGGAUGCCACAGGAGUCGUUUACUUGGGUCGCAUCCCCCACGGAUUUUAUGAAGAUCAGAUGAAGGCCUACUUCUCUCAGUUCGGCACAGUUCUUCGCCUGCGCCUCUCCCGCAACAAGAAGACCGGAAAAUCCAAGCACUACGCCUUCAUUGAGUUUGCCUCUCAGGAGGUUGCCGAGAUCGUGGCCGACACCAUGAACAACUAUCUGCUCUUUGGUCAUCAAUUGAAGUGCAAGGCCCUCCAGCCAUCGCAGAUCCAUCCAGCCAUGUUCUUGGGAGCCAACAAGAAAUUCAAGGCAAUUCCCUGGCUUAAGAUCUCGAAGGAGAAACAUAAUGCGGAGAAGAACAACGUCCAGAUGAAGCAGAUCAAGAAGAAGCUUUUGAAAAACGAGGCCGCCAAGCGAGCCAAGCUCGCAGAGUUGGGUAUUGAGUACGAGUUCCCGGGAUAUAAGGCAUCGGUCCAGGAGAAGCCCAAACAUACCAAGUUUUAAGAGAAAGAAGAAGAGGAAGGGUUGUUUCUUUGCCUAAUAUACACAUGUCGUUAUUUCUUUUACCAUUGCAUCUUUUGUUCACAAUAAACCACCCACAAGCAUCCAC